CUUGGGUACCUAUAAAUCCGCUUUUGGUGUCUAAGCGUCAUAAAUCCAUUUACAGACUGGUGGAAUGAGGAAGGAAAACGGGAGAAACCAUUGCGCAGGGGUUUUGAGGGUGGCAGCUUCGAAGCCGCCACGUGAAACGAACCUACCGCUGUCAGCCUUAAGAGGUUUGGCUAGUGGCGCCGCGUUGACUUGAGGUGGGCUUUCUUCUUUGGCCCGUGGUGCUCUGACCACCAGUCGAUAGACCAUAAAUAGUAAUUACAACUUGAAUCAUCGGAUCAAUGUUGUCGUCGCAAAGCUAUUAUUGUCUGGGCCAGUUGGCAAGCAAUAGCGCAAGUAUUUAAGUUCCCGCGGCACGACGCAGCAAUGGAAACUUUGCGCAAUGGCCCGCGCCUGAGUUUGCUGGUUCGACCUGAUGAGGAAAUUCACUUCACACCAACUGCUAUUCGACUGUGGUGGGUCGGUCUACUGAGUCUACACCUCGUUGGAGGACUGUUCUUUGGACUCGUCUGCGCUGCCUACUGGAAUAUGCCUGGCCUGGCCGUCACGACAUUCCUGGACUUCUACCAGAUUGGGAUGAAGUCUGAAAAUUUUCGCACUAUUGCAGCUACACACGGCGUUAUAGCGGCAUUACAUGCAUUAUCAGCACUAAUGAUGAUAACGAGAUCAAUUCGGAACAAGAAGCUGUCUUUUCGGAGUAGUUUACGCUCUCCUCGCCAUCACCAGGGUGGGAAUCGGCACAAAAGUCAGCGUAGGCGAGAAAGCAGCGGGGGAAUCUUUUACCGUUGUUUCUCUGCAUUAUUUGGCCUUCGUGGCUUCUUCGGAGCUGAAGGGCCCUACUACGAUUUUUUGCUACUGUGUCGCGAAACGAUCGAGACGACGCUGCAAACGAAUCAAGGACUCCGAAUGAGUCGAAAUGUUCCUCGGCUGUGGCUAAAUCGCUUCUACGUUGCUCUUCUUGUGUUGAAUUGUUGGUCCACUGCGCUGGUACAUCACAUGUUUCGACACAACAAGACCAAGAUGCGAUUAGUUGCGCUUUUGAGUGACUGCCUUCUCGAUCUAGUGACCUCCGUUGGGAUACCAUUACUUCUCGUUAUCUCGUAUGCUCAGGAAUUUGACGUCGCUACUGGGAACUUUAAUAUCUUGCGAUGGUUUCAAGACAGAUGGCUUGUUAACGCGAUGAACGAGUUUAACAUUAUUCUCAUAUUGUCAUGGAGUGAUCUAGCUACUCGAAUGGUAUUUGCAGUGAGUAUGCUAAGCAACUUGAACACGAUGGAAGGUCUGAUGACUGCAGUCACCAGCAAAAACUACCAUGAAGCACCCGCAAACCCGCGUGGCGCAACGAUCGCUCCAUUCGAGAAGCAAACUGCUCGGACAGAAAGCCAGACGCAUACUGUAGUUGUGUGGACUGAACGACUCGCAAGCUCGAGAUUGUUGCGAUUCGCAUUUUUCUGCUGGGGAGUGGUCGUUCUCGGUCUGCAUAUCCACGCAGAGACCAACCCGAUGCUCCCACAGUGUUUGGUUCAAGUCCGUCCAUGGGGUGUUUCAAAACCUGCGUGCUCUUUAGUCCUGUUGAACUGUAUUACAGACGAUACUGAUGGGGAGAUUGAGCAGGUUAUAGAUCAGUGGAGUCAGUUUGACGCACAUUCCGUUAAAUGCUUGCUAGUUCGGAAUUGUCCAAGAUUUACGGUGCCUCAAAUGUUUACAACCUUCCAAACGUUAAAAACGUUCAAGGUGUAUAACACGACAAUUGUCGAGUGGAACGAAGAUGCAGCGAUUAACCAGGCCAACCAUCCUAUGAUGCAGGGUGCAAUGUUCAUGCGAGUGAAUGUUACCAAUGGAGAACUUCCUCCAGGGUUACUUUCACCCAACUUCCCACCAUCACUAAACAUUAUCGGUUUUGUCGUUUCCAAUCUACGAGUGUUUCCAGAUGAUCUGCAUACAAAGUGGCCUCGCUAUUCUGCAAUUCACCUGGAUACGACACAGUUCACUGAAUUUCCGGAUUCACUCUGGAGAAUACGGCCAUCCGUUCUUAUGAUGCCAUACACUCCCAUCGAGAGUGUCCCCAAGGAACUGUUUGAACUGGAAGCAAUGUGGUAUUUGGAUUUAGCUGGCACAAAACUUUCUGCCCUACCGGAAGAUGUGCCGAUUUUGAUAAAUCCUCUGCUCGGUAUCAACUUGGGUGGUACGAAUAUCUCGUCGUUUCCGUCGUGGAUGGAUCCGUGGCUUCAACGAAUAGCAAAUCCGGUAUCACCACCUCUUGCAGCAGCAGGGACUCCGUAUUGCUCCGAGCGCGAGCAAAUUUUUGCUGGUAAUCGGACCGAGUUUUCGGCAGUGGCUUCACGUGUUAACGCAGAUUCGAUGUCAAUGUUGAUGCAGUCGUCCGAGGCGAACAGGGCGUUUAUAGCAAAUGCUGUCAAUUGCCAACCAUCAUUCCUCUAUCGAUAUGCGUUGGCAUUCGAAGACACUUUCCAAACUCUUUAAAAUAUGAUUCAGGACAAUGACUACGCCAUAACUGACUUUGAAGGAUAUUUACAUUUUCGGAGAGUACAUCGAUGAUUCUAUGUAAUUAUAAAUAUCGGGUGAUAAGAUAAAAACGGUUGCUACUAGCUGAUUCAUUUUCGUAUUCUAGCUAUAAACAGGAAAAAAAAAAAAGUAUAAAUGGACGACAGCGGAUAUUGUUGACCUUCAGCGCUUGAUAAGAU